GCGUUUUCGCGUUUGCGCAAGAGCAUUGAAUUUAUUGAAACUUUCAUCGCUUGGAGACUGAAGUUUUCACGGGCGACAGGGAAUUCAUUUUCUUCCCGAUGAAUCGAUUGCACCUCGGCCCGGAGUAGUUCAAAACGUAAAUAAUUAAUCAGCCACCAUGGCGAGUCAACAGUACUCGUUACGAUGGAACAACUAUGUACGGCACAUGACAAGUGCUUUCGAAUCUCUACGGAGUGACAAAGACCUGAUCGAUGUCACGCUCAGCUGCGAAGGAAAGAAAAUCCCAGCCCACAAAAUGCUGUUAUCAGCGUGCAGUUCCUAUUUCAAAGACUUAUUCAAGGAAAACCCUUGCCAGCACCCUGUUAUAAUUUUCCGUAAUGUCACAUUUGUUGAUCUCGUGGCGUUGGUCGACUUCAUGUACAAUGGAGAGGUCAACGUGGAGCAAGAACAGUUAGCAUCAUUCCUCAACACUGCUGAACUGCUUCAAGUACAGGGUCUCACAAACAGCAGUAAAGAUCAAGAGAAAUUUAGAAAGACUGCCAAAGAGGACGACAGAGUACCUGGUUCCAGUUCUCAAUUUGAUGAAGAUGGCGAGGAAAGAACGACGACGCCAACUAGAACAGGUCCUCCUGCAGCCAAGAAAAGAAAAUGGCAGUCGCCAAGCAGAACAGAAAGUCCAGCUGCUCUCCUCGAGUCCCAAACUGCGCAAGUGAGUUCUGGUGGUGACGAGGAUUUGCAGACUAUUGAUCAAGUGCCUUUAAAAACUGAAACGCCAGAAUAUGAUGAUGAGGAUGACGUGCAAGCGGAAUCUGGAGGGGAGGACACAACUGAUGAACAAGAUAUUGUCCAGAAAAUCCAGAAAAGUGAUCAGCUGGUGUUGACAUCUAACAGAAAUAGGACUUCCAAUAAUGAACACUCGCUUUUCGGCAACAAUUCUAUGGAUAUGGACUCUGGUGAUAUGAGCAGUUUUGGUAUGGCUGGACCAUCAAAUGAAAGCAUGGGCCAAGAUGGAAUGCAAGAGCUUGUGUCUCCAUUCAACGAAGUGUCAGAGCCGAACGAAAAUAUUAACUUCGUCUAUACCGAUGCCGAUCCUCUUGCGAUUGAUGAACCGAGGAAUUUUAUUAACAAAGACGAGUUGGUCAGCAACCAGGACGGCCGAUACUCCUGCAGCAUAUGCAACCGCGACUUUGCUUCUCAAAGGCUUUAUCAUUCGCACCUUGACAAGCACCAAGAGUUGACCCCUAGCAUAAAGUGCAAUAAAUCGUUCAGCACAGUUAGAAAACUCAACUUGCGCAUGGCGAAUCGCCGAAAGACGCUCAAGUGCAAUAAAUGUGGCAAAACGUUUAGCACUUCCUCUUUGCUCAGACAGCACUUGGACAUACACAAGGAUGGACCGGAUGUGCAUUUCCUUUUGUCCGGCGGGUACGAGUCGGCGCCGGCGUCGUCAGGCAAAAUCAUUUCGUCCCAGGGCAAAUUCAUUUGUUCAGUGUGCAAUCGCACUUUCUCGCACAAGCGGUCGUGUUGGACACACAUGGCCAUGCACAACGGCCGCACCACGUGCUCCGUUUGCCAAAAGACGUUCAGCAGUUUGUCCAUCUUGAGAGCGCAUUAUGCGAAACACGAGGGCAAAACCGUGUGCUCGAUCUGUAACGUGAGCGUCAGCACGGCCAAAAGCUUGAAACGCCACAUGACCAGCGUUCACAACAUCCCAGCAGACGAGUCCAGCUCGUAGCGAACAGCGGACUUGCAAGUUAUUGGCUCAAAUCAGUGCUAAAGACAGACGAUAUGAUUUUGGCCCACACGUGGGGUGACAGCCAGUGAAUCCGAUUGAAUAAUUUACUCCUAUCACCUCCUGCCCUUGGCUACAAUAUAUUCUUACGAUUAAUCAGCAAACCAAUUACCAGGGAAAUGGAAAUUUUGACUGAAACUAAUGCAAUAACGCUAUACUACUAUGUAUAAUUCAUAUUGUACUUCUGAUGAUAAUGGAAGCGCAAAGCCCUAGUGCGAACGACAAAAUGGAUCUGGCCUUCUUUGUGAGAAACCCCAAACUCGAUGUUUAAUUAUUUUUAAGUUUGUUACAACUCGCGGAAGAUCCCUUGGCUAGCUUAAAGCACAAUAAUGAAAACAGCGAAAAUACAAAAAGACCCGUUGCGUUAUUCCAUGUUGAAAAAUCAAAAUAAACAACUUAUUGCUUUGGAGGACUA